GGGGGGGGGGUUUCCUUUUUUUCUUUUUUUAACCAUGGCCGUGUCAGUCGAUACAAUUGUGGGAUCCCCAGAACAAGGUGGUCUUGCACGCAGACCCGAUGGAACACUUCGUUCCGCUGUGUUCGUUUCCGACUAUACUCUCGCCGCCAUUUUCGCUGAUUCGAGGAUGCAUACGAUUAGGCCAUCGCAGGUACUCCGACUGUCGAAAGAUGGAAAAGACAGAAGAAGAAAAAAGAGGGAAAGACAAAGACGUGGCUUUACGACUCGGGAUAUUUUCGGCAAAUUUUCAACCUGCGGACAAAUAAAGCGCGUCUUCAGUGCACAUCGACAGGCUCCAGGUCGGGUCAAUUCAUGUUCGGAUUUUUAUUUGCCUCUUCUUCCUCUUCUACGCGACUACGACUUAAUUACCUGUUCUACUAUGGAGGAUUGCGCGAGUUUCGUGGAUAUUCGUCAUUCCGCACAUGCAUCGACCAAGGAGAGCCUAUCCAGAAUUAUUCAUCAGCCGGUGCUGCUGCUUUGUCGGCCUGCCCUCCUUUGGGACGUCGGAAGCUACCCACCGGGAAAUUGCUGAGGGAAAACGUGGGGUGGGCGAGCGGGAUCGGGAGAGGGAGACAGGGACCGAAGAACGACGGACCCCUGGCCGUCCUGUCUGUCCACUGUCACUGUCCACUGUCCACUGUCCGCAGCUCACCCGGUUUCCCUUCUUCGCUCGUCCCCCGACACCAAA